UAUUCAUUCUGUCAGUAUUUUUUGUUCAAGUAGCUUACCAUAUACGUUGUCAGAAGGCACUCCAUAACACAGAACUGUUCACGGUUUAAAGAGUACACAGACUAUACCACCAUGUUUGUCAGAGCAGGUCACAGAUUCCUAUGUACAGUAUCACAAAUGAGAAGCACUUACUGUGUCUAUCGGCAUGCAUGUAGACUCUGGAGGACUAGACCCAUAUCAACACACCAGACUUCCUCCCAGUAUAUCACCAGAUUGCUUGCAAGAACAGGGCUUAUAGGGCUAGGAGGACUGUGUGCUAUUCCUGUUCAUAACGCACAGGAGGCUGGUGUGAAAGGAUUACCUAAAGUUAAUCCAGAUACUCUGACCAGUAGCACUCUUAUCAUGAACGCUGCAGCUAUGACGGUAGAUUCAGCUUCAGCGCUUCUAACCCAAACCUUUGUAGCUAUCAUUGACAAAUACAAGGACCUUGCACGGGAUAUUGAACUACUGAUGGGUAAAGUUGAGAAGCAUAGACAAUUUGAGAAGAUGGGCUAUCAUUCAGACGACCUUUGGGAGGAGGUCAUAGAGGCGAGGGUCAACAUCGAUGAUAGGAGGCAUGAGAUACAGGCCCUUGAAGCCAUUUUGAACAGCGCCCUCUUAACCCUUGAAGCAGCAUCAGAGGCAGCGUUCCAGUCGGGCAACGAGGAGCUGGCCAUGAUGGGACGGGACAGAUGCCAAUAUGUAAACACCCAGAUCGCCUUGACGACGGCAGUCAUCCUGAAGGCCGAGAAGGUACUGGCAAAGUUCCAAGCCGAUGCCAUCAAGGAGACCAAGACCGAGAAGAAGGAGGAAGGUGGGGAUGAGGACAAAGGUACCGGAAAAGAGUCCACAUAGGAAUUUACCUAGUGGGUACUGGCAAGGCAUUCUAUAAAAGGGACGGAUGUCUUGUAAUAGUGAGUCUGAGAUUCCUUGAGGCUACAAGCCGAGGACAUAAAGGAGACCCAGACGGAGAAGCAGGAAGAUUGGGAUGAGGACAAAGGCUCCAGAGAAGAGUUCACGUAGGAACUUACCUAGUGGGUUCUUGCAAGGCAUUCUAUGAAAGUGACUGUCCUGUCAUCAGAGCGAUGAAGGAAGAUGGGGAUGAG